CACCUCCUCAGGAACUACAGUUUCAGUAUGCGAAAGAGAAGGGGGAGAACAAGCGGAAUCAGAAGACGAAAACUCUCCAGAAAUUCUGAAUCAAGAGGAGUGAAUGAGAGCUUCAAGUGUGAAUUUAUAGAGCUAAAGAAAUGGCUGAAAGAUAGGAAAUUUGAAGAUACAAACUUAAUGCCUGCUUGUUUUCCAGGUACAGGAAGAGGGCUGAUGAGCAAAACAUCCCUACAGGAGGGACAGAUGAUAAUUUCGUUGCAGAACUGCCUGCUCACCACUGACACAGUGAUUGAAAGCUACUUAGGGGCAUACAUUACUAAGUGGAAGCCACCUCUGUCUCCUCUGCUGGCUCUGUGCACCUUUUUAGUUUCAGAAAAGCAUGCCUGGGACCAGUCUCCCUGGAAGCCAUACCUGGAGAUUUUACCCAAGGCCUACACCUGCCCUGUUUGUUUAGAACCAGAAGUGGUGAAUCUUCUUCCGAAACCUUUAAAAGCAAAGGCAGAAGAGCAGAGAGCCCGUGUAUAGGAGUUCUUUGCUUCCUCCAGAGACUUUUUCUGUUCCCUGCAGCCUCUGUUUGCAGUGGCUGUUGACAGCAUCUUCAGCUACAGCGCCCUCCUGUGGGCUUGGUGCACAGUCAACACCACGGCUGUGUACCUGAGGCACAGGUGGCGGGAAUGCCUUUCUGCGGAGCCAGACACCUGUGCGCUUGCUCCAUACCUGGAUCUGCUGAAUCACAGCCCAAAUGUCCAGGUAAAAGCAGCAUUUAAUGAGGAAACUUGCUGUUACGAAAUUAGAACAGCUUCAAGUUGGAGGAAACACGAAGAGGUGUUCAUCUGCUACGGUCACCAUGACAACCAGCGGCUGCUUCUAGAGUACGGAUUUGUUUCCAUCCAGAAUCCUCAUGCUUGUGUUUAUGUCUCAAGAGAAAUACUUGUUAAGUAUCUUCCAUCAACAGAUAAACAGAUGAACAAAAAGAUUUCCAUUUUAAAGGAUCAUGGCUUUAUAGAAAAUUUGACAUUUGGAUGGGAUGGACCAUCUUGGAGAUUACUCACAGCUCUAAAGUUGCUAUGUCUGGAAGCUAAAAAAUUUAUGUGCUGGAAUAAAGUACUUCUUGGGGAAGUAAUUUCAGAUACAAAUGAGAAGGCAAGUUUGGGCAUAGCCCAGAAAAUAUGCUGUUAUUUUGUAAAGGAGACUAAUGCUAUGCUUCAGAAGGUUUAUUAUAUGAAGGAUGAGAAAGUAGCUUUGAUAAACCAACUAGCUUUGGUGGAAACAUUGUGGAUGGAAGAGCUGAAGAUUCUCCAGGCAUCUGCUGAGGUCCUGUGCCAUUUGCAGACAGCUUUUCCCUGA